UUGCGCCUUAAUCAAGUUGGUUUUGAAUUUGAUGUAACAUUAUGAUGUUAUUUUCGCUAUUAUCUUUCACAAUAUACAUGCAAAAGAAAUCGUUUUUAUAAUAACGCUUUAUUGAAUUGCCGCCAUGUUUCUGGAUAAAAUUGCCCCUAAAAAAUUUCUGUACCGUUUUUCUUUAAGGCUUGGGGCACAAGUGACAGCAAUUUGGUAUAUGUGCAUAUUUGUGUUAUUGCUGCUCGGUGGGAUUAUUCUGUCCAUAGAUUUUAAAGGAUGUCAACAAUGUCCAGAGUAUACUGCAAAGAUGGCACACGCUCUCUGCAUCAACUACACCGUUUUUAAUUGCGUGAUGUUCUUUUUGAACGUGUGGUUCAUUUGGGGUAUUAAAAAGGGAAAAUCAUCGGUAGCUCUCAGCUGGGUGGUAGUAACUGCCACAUGGCUCUUCCAGGGCAUUGUCCUAAUGAUAAUUCUCAUUAGUCUAACGUCAGGCAGUUCAAAGUUGCUUGCUUGGCAACUCAUUGUAUCCUUUAGUGUUAUCUUAAUGUGUAUCAAUAUUUACCUAUGGUUCAUCGGAUACGCAUACUACCUAGAAAUCAGAAGAGGAAUUACAAUCGAAACUUAAAUCUAUUUUACUGCUAUUUGUAAUUUCGUAGAACUUGUCCUUGUCAUUGUGAAUGUUAACAUUAGCACAGAAAUUCCUUGAAACU